CCAGGGGAGCAGAGGAACAGACACUUUAACUGUAUGAACACUGCUCCACUCAAAGCUUACUUAAACUGUUGUUGGUUGAGCACCAAAGAUUUCAUGAAGACGUGGAUAUUAUUCCAAAUAGCAGCCCUGGCUGCUCUUACCACUGCCCAGCAGGACUGCUCACGUGGGGCCUGUUACCCCCCAACGGGAGACCUUCUCCUGGGCCGGAGCAAGCUACUCCAGGCCUCCUCCACCUGUGGUCUGAUGGGCUCGGAGGUCUUCUGUCGACCCUACGGAAUGGGGGGAAUGAGAUGCUGCCCCUGUGAUUCACGAUACCCUGACGGACGGCAGGCACACACCAUCCAGGAAGUACUCUCCACUGCGGCGCCCAACAGGUGGUGGCAGUCAAGGAAAGGUGUGAGCCCAGUUAGCCUACAGCUGGACCUGAAAAAUACCUUUCAACUGGACACCCUGGUUAUGAAGUUCAAGGGACCCCGCCCCGAUGCACUAAUCAUUGAGCGAUCGACUGAUUCGGGGCGUACGUGGCAGCCUGCCCUGUACAUGGCUACUGACUGCCACUCUGCGUUUCCCUCCGUCAGCACCUCCCCACCCCAAAACCUGAAGAGCACCUACUGCUACCCCCUGCCACCCAUCACCUCCAACCACUACCUGGACCAGACAAUUUACUUCCACCCCUUGAGCCAGUUUUCUGACCUCAGUGCCCCGAAGAGCCAGAAGAUCGAGGAGGUGACCGACCUCACCAACCUCCGAGUGAACCUAACCCAGCUGGGACCAGUUCCCCACAUGCCCGGUCGCACCCCCAGCCGCUUCUAUGCCCUGAAGGAGCUGCAGGUGCUGGGCUCCUGCUUCUGUCACGGCCAUGCUAACCGCUGCCUGCCCGACCACACCACCAACCAGCUCUCCACACAGGUGAGUCCAGUGUGUGAGUGCCAGCACAACACCGCGGGAGUGAACUGUGAACGGUGCGCUGACCUCUACAAUGACCUGCCCUGGAGGGCCGCCCAGGAGAACCGACCCAACGCCUGCAAACGCUGCGAGUGUAACAACCAUGCCCAGCGGUGCAGUUUUGACCCGGAGCGGUACGAGGCCAGUGGGCGAGUGAGCGGGGGUGUGUGUGAGGGGUGUAUGCACCACACCGCUGGGCCCAACUGUGAACAGUGUGCCCCUAAUUACUACCGCAACCCCAGGAGUGCCAUUGACCGACCGGACACCUGCUUGCCCUGCCAGUGCAGUGCGGAGGGAUCGGAGAGAGGCGGUCAGUGCGAUGGCAGAACAGGGGCUUGCCGCUGCAAGGCCAACGUGGAGGGCCCGCGCUGCGACCGCUGUAAGAGAGGCUACUACGGCCUGAAGGCCACCAACACCCUGGGGUGCACCAAAUGCUCCUGCAAUGUGGGGGGUGAUGACACGUGUGACCCCCUGACUGGUCAGUGCAGGUGCCCCCCAAAUGUUCAGGGUCUGAACUGUGACCAGUGCACCUCUGGGUACUGGAACUUCUCCCCCCAUGGCUGCCAGCUCUGCAGCUGCGACCCGACCAAUUCUCUCAGCAAGACCUGCGACCCGCUGACAGGUCAGUGUCGGUGUCGGUUUGGGUUUGGGGGAAGGACAUGUAAAGAAUGCCCUGACAACACCUAUGGUGACCCACUCACAAGCUGCCAGCGUUGUAAGUGCGAUCUUAGUGGCACACAGCCAGGCGGCUGCGAUAAGAAGACAGGGCAAUGCAAGUGCCUGCCAGGAGUGACAGGUGCCCGCUGCGAUGCCUGUGCCCGCGGACACUGCGACCGGUAUCCCAGCUGCCACGUCUGCCCCUCCUGCUUCUUCACCCUGGACCAACAGCUUAAGGACUUCACCCUCAGCCUGCAACGCCUCAUCUCCCGGGCCCCCACCCUGCCUGGCACCACUGAGCCAGACCUGACCCCCCGCAUCCGGGCCCUGGAGGACACCCUCGCCAGAAUCCAGGACACCCUGCCACGCACAGCCCCCUCCGACAGCCGGGUGAAGAAGCUCCUCGAGGACUUGCGCAAACUCAGGGAACAAGCCGAUCAACUGGACCCAGAACUUUUCCCCACAGAUGAGGGCACUGCUCUGGCCAAACAGCUUGAGGAUCUCUUGAGAGAACUUCAGGGCCUGAACCUGGAGUACGACAUCAAGAAAGCCGCCCUGAAAAACGUUGUCAAUGCCAACCUCGGAGAUACCUUUGAGACCAUAAAGAAGGAAUUCCAGAAAUCAACAGACGCAUUAAAGGAUGCUGAGGCGACCAAACCCCUGCUGGAGCAGUCAGAGAAGACCCGGGAGGAUGCCACCGAUUUGGAGGGAACAGUCCAGCUCACCAACACCAAUGACCUGAAGGACCUGGACAAGCAGCUGGCCUCCCGGCCCGACCUCAGGCCUGCAGCAGAGCAGGUCUGUGGCAGCACUCGCUCCACCCCCUGCACACCUGAGCAGUGUGAUGGACAGCUCUGCCCCACCCCUGGGACAGUCUCCUGUGUGGAGGGCAAGCGCUGCGUUGGAGCCUUACCUCGAGGGAAGAAGGCCCUGGAAGACACUGAGGAGGUCAAAUCCAGGCUGCAGCAGCUCAACGACAAGAUCCGGGAGGCGGCCGAUAAGAUCCAAGCCGCAGAGGACUCGGCCGAUGGCGUGAGGCUGUCCACAGAUGAGCUGUCCAAUCAGAUUAAACAUGCCCGGACUGAUCUUGAGGAAGACUUGGGGGACAUCAAAAAAUUUGUUCAGAACCUGAAGGACUUCCUGUCAGACCCCUUAUCGGACCCGACCGCCAUUCAGAGCGUUAGCGACGGGAUUCUGGCCACCAAGCUGCCGCUCAGCCUGUCCACCCUGAAGAGGAAGAUGGAUGAGAUCCGCAAGCUGGCCGCAGGCCUGCCCGACAGCAGCAAGCUCCUGGCCAGCACUGCCCCCCAGCUGGAUCUCGCCAGGAAGCUGCUGGAUGACGCACAGGAUGCCCGGGACACAGCAUUGGGGGUAAAGGACAAGGUGGACACCCUCCUGGGCGACCUGGUCAAUGCAGAUGACUUACUCAAUGACGCGGACUCCAAGCUCCAGGACAGUAUGAACAUUUUGGACAAAGUAAACAUCAACAUUGAAAAGGCCAAGGGAAAGUUGGACCCUGCCACAAAGGCACUGGAUGAAGUGAGUGAUCUGACAGACAACAUGGCCCCGGAGCUGGACAAGCUGAAGGAUCUGGUGCAAAGGGAGCGUAACAAUGCUGAAAGAGCCCGAGACAAUGCAAAUGCUGCAAAACAGGAGGCUGAUGAUGCCACUAAGGAUCUUAAGGACUUAGAGGACCAACUGAAGCUCCUGCAGGAGAAAGCCAAGGAGGCUGAUACGGGAGAUGAAGCGGGCCCCGGGGACAGGCUUAAGGCGCUGCAGGACGAGGCCGGGAACCUCAUCCAGGAUACCGUGGACAUGAUGAAGAAACUUACAGGUACUGAGGAGUCUCUUGCCGAGGCCACAGACCAGCUGCUGAAAAAGUCUCAAAAACUGAACGGGCUGGACGAGACGCUGAAGGGACUCCUGGAUAUAAUCCGAGAGAGAGCCGAAUACAUGAGAGACUGCCGUGUGUGAGGGCACAUCUGCACCCGCAGCUCAUCCACCGCAGCACCCUUUCUCUGUAGAGCACUCAGCUGCUCUCCUGUGUUGUAUCUCUGUGCACUUUAUGAGCAUCUGCCAAGGGGCUGUGAUGUAAUGCUGGAGCUCUCAUGGCUGUAAGUCAAUGCUGACAUGGAGCCAGUGAAUAACAGUGAGCACUUUGCACAAACGGCUUGGAUUACAGUCGUUUUAAUUUACUUAAUUUAUUGUUUGUAUAUGAACCGUCGCCAAACCAGGAGUAUGUCUGGUCCUGGAGGGCUGAAACAGAUGACUGAUUCCAUUGGUCAGUGUACAUCACCAUCUUUUAAAGGGAAAUACAGAACAUUAAUCUGACCAAUCAGAUUAACCCUCAUGGCCCUCUGAUCUGUAAUGGGAAUUGUAAAACCGUAUUACCAGGUAUUAUACAGUCACUCAUAGAGUCUAGUCCCUUUGGGGACACUUUUUCUCUGUACCCUACAGAGGAGGUUAUCUUUCAUAGUCUCUAAUGGGGCCUUCACUGUGGUGAUAAACAUGUAUUGGAUUGAUACAAAUCUAUUGCAACAGAUAGUUAUUGUAUGUUAGCAAUGCCAAUCCCAUCCCAUAGAGAUUUGAGGUCUAAUUCUGAAUGGAUGGUGAUACAGAUCUUUUUUCUGAAUCAGCACAUUAUAUCCAUUGUGGGUACAACACAUCUCUGCCUGUCCUGCUAUUAGCACCUUUCUCAAAUAAAAACAUUUUUCAUGACUGUA